AGUGAAUAAUGGGCUAAUCCUUGGAAAUCCUACGCCUCUGCCUUCUCUGUGCCUCUCUCUCACUCUCCGGUCCGUCUCUUUUUGACUGUCCUAUUUCCUUGUUUCCUUUCCCUCCUUUACGUUCGCUCCCUCACCCUGUCUGUCGUCGUCGACAGCAUCGUCACCGUCGUCGUCGUGACAGUUACGUCGCUCGCUCGCUCCUCCGAUCGCUCCCCAUAAUUCGAACCCACCACCCAGGCCGGCCCCCCUUUCCUGGAUCCUGCGCAAAUCCGUCGUAGAUGUGCCCGACAACAUGAAGUGGACCGCGCCACUCCUCCUGGCGGCGGCCUCAUUGGCCGUUGCUGAGAGUGUGAUUGACUUCACCAAACUCCCAGCCUGCGCGCAGCAGCAGUGUACAAUCCUCAAGCAGGCCGACGACAACUGCGUCCCUCCCUCUGCGCCGAAGACCGAACAAGCCAUAUACCAAUCCUGCAUCUGCCAGUCCGGUCUCCUUACCGGGCUCCAUUCCUCAGGGCAAUUGUGCCAGACCGCUGGCUGCUCUGCCGACGAUGCGACCAAGAUCUCCCAAUACUAUAUCGCCCUCUGCGCUGGACCCGUCGUCCAGCCCGCGACGCCCACCACCGCCACCACUUUGACGACGACCACCACGACCUCUGCACCGACCUCGACCGUUGCCGUUUCGGCUACCGACCCCGGCGGUUUCAAUACACCAAAGGAGCCGUGGAUCAAGAACAAUUGGAAAUGGGUGGUCAUGGUCGUGGUCAUCGCCGUCGCGAUAGUCUUCUUCUGGGUCGGCGGAAUUUACCUCCGACGACACUUCGACCGUAAGAAGGACGCUGAGCGCGCGAACCUCGCAGCGAAGGAGGGAGGAGGAUCAGGCAGCGGAACGCCCGCCAUGGCAUCAACCUCCAACACGGCGAUGCCUCUCGCAUUCCCAGAAAUGUCAGGCGGACGCAACGGCAGCAACCACCGCCUCUCCGGCCCCACGCCUCCCCCGGCCGCCAUGUCGCGACGACUGAGCCGGAGCAACACGCUGGGCAGCAUGAAGAGCAGAACGAGCGUCGCCUCUCCCAUCGUCUGGGGCCCCCAUCAGCAUCUCGCCAACUCCAACGGCCGCAACACGCCCGUCGCAUCCGGCCCUCCCUCCCCGUCCUCCGCCAUUGGCCCCCCGCAACCGUUCCGCAACCGCGACAGCUUCCGCUCCUCCAACCCUCGCAUCAACUCCUGGAAGUCCCAGGAAUUCUCCGCCGCCGCAGGCUACGCAGACUCCCCCCGCGCCUCGCGCACUUCCCAUGGCCCCGAGCCUACGACGAUAAAUCACGACCAGAGCACUGAGCGACCACACACCGCAUUCGGCGACCCCAUCCGCGAGACGAACCGCCGCACGCUGGCGCCCACACACAGCGACACGAAGCUGCCCUCCCACGCCGAGGGACAGAGCGCGGAGAUCUGCGAGGUGUCGCCUCCGCGCUCUCCCGCCAAAUGAAACAAAAAAGCCACCUAAUCUAUCGAGACUCAUAUCGUAUCACAUCUCACAUUUCUCUUUUCACCUAU